CCCCAUCCCCCCACCCCCAGCACAAUUGACCAUAAGUGAGUAGACUAUUCUCUGAAAACGGAAGACAUUUUUGAGGAAAUUCACAGGGAUGUCCCGACAAAUGGGAGAUAGUCAUAGACGCUUCUUACAGACAAUGAUGAGUAAUGGUGUCAUUAGUAGUUCCCAGGCCAGUGCCCUUCAUCGACACUGCUGUGAAACUCAUGGAGCACAUUAUUCACAAGAAAAAGUGGAAGACUUCAUCAGUGUCAUCAAUGCUCAACUUCAGCCACUGUUCAUGCACAUCAGAAAAGGAAUGUCAGAAGAAGAUGGACUAGACUACUUUGCUUUGGUAAACAUGGCUAAAACAGACAUAACAAAGAUGUCCUCUGAUUAUGCAGAUAAUGAGUUGGAGUUGUUUAGGAAAACAAUGGAUCUGAUUGUAGAUUCUGAGAAUGGUACAGCCUCUUCCACUGAUAUCCUGAACUGUGCUGACAGUCUCCAGACGAAAAAACUGAAGAAGAAGGAGACUGAACAUGUGCUGAAUAAGUUUGUCCAGGACAAAUGGUUAAAUGAGAUUGAAGGUGAAUACACUCUAAGCACUCGAUGCAUCAUUGAAAUGGAACAGCACAUGCGCACGAUUUACCCAGACCUCAUCAAACGGUGCUUUGUAUGCCACAACAUUGCAAUCCAGGGCCAAAUCUGUGAAAAUGCUGUGUGUGGCAUCAAGAUACACCUUCCUUGUGUUGCCAGAUAUUUUAAAGGACGCACUGACCCGCACUGCCCUUCGUGCAAUGACUUCUGGACUCAUGAGAUUCCUGAAGUCCAGCAGUACAGUUCACAGACUUUGCAAAGCCAAUCUUCAUGUGCAAAAGAAAAUACAGCAGGCCCUUCUACAUCCUCCACUUUGGCUACGCGCCGCUCCAGGAGGUCCUAAUGUUGCCGUAUUCAAAUGCGCAUGAGGAUGUGUGUUCUAAACCAUUAUUGUUAUAGUUGUGUUCUGAUGGUUUAAAAUUUUUUAAACUAUAUUGUACAUUUGGAUUGUACAUUUUAUUUGAUGGACUAUUGUAAUAUUUUAAUGUUGUGUUCUUAGCAUUUAUACUUUUAGAUUUGUGAUUCAGAGCAUUUUGAAGUAAAAGGAAAGUUUGUAAAGUGU